AUGAUGCAGCAACAUUUUGCAGUGAGUUUGCAAAGUUGCAAUAUUGCGGUGAAAGAUUGCUACAAUAUCCACGUAGAUCCUCAUCUCUCAAACUACUGUUUAGCUGUCACCUCGGGCUCGCAGUCGCAUCCGUCGACGCUCUGCGCCGCGCAGAACGUUCUGAAAGCUCAUCCGCAUCCGGUUUCGAGAACCGGAUCGUCCUCCAAGGAGCAUCACCAUCGGGGCAUCCCGGAAGGUCUGCACUGCGUGCGGCAGACCAAGCUGACGCUUCAUAGGAUGAGAUACGACACUACGUACAACUUUACUUUAUACGUGGUGAACACGCGGAAUAACGUUUCCAAUCGAGUCGCCGUCGACGCGGUCAGGUUCAAAAAGACGCCGGAACUAACGUUACGUACCGGUCAUUACACUACUGCUAAUCUACGAAAGACGGACGGUUUCGUCAAUUUCCGUUACCGACCGCCGGACAACACCUCGAGCACUUUUCACAUACUACCCUGCGGCGGAGGCAUCGUGAAGGCGAAAUUGAGCGGACAGGGGAUAUUGCGGGAAAAAGAGGUUGUUGGAUAUGCCUCAUUGCGUGUACCUCCUCUACCUCCCAGAAAGACGUACACGUUACGUAUAUCGACCACACCGCAGGAACUAGUUCGAGUAUCCAUGAUAAAAGUGCUAGCCACACAGGAGUCAUCCACUAUUUAUCCGCAAAUACCAUCUAGAAGCCCGCCGCGCGAGUACCGAUCUCUGAGGACCUGUCACGAGGUGACGAUAGGCGUAGAACCGGCCGGCGCCGCCAAGUAUUGCAUCCUGGUGAAGGAACUGCGGAGUUCGUCGUCCCUGACCAGCGUCACGACCGUGCCCGAUCAGUGCGGGCUUCAUCGGCGCAGGCGGUCCGAAUACACGUUCGAGGUAUGCGAGGAGAAGCAUAGUCCUCCGAAGGAUCGCGCGCUGCCGUUCACCUUGAGGAGGCUGCAGCCCGGCAAAGCCUACCUCCUGCAGAUCACAGCGCAACUCAAGGGCCAGUCCUUAUCUUAUCCUCUGCUGGGUGUGCGCACGCGACGUACCUGCGUAACGUAAUCAACGCGAUUCCUGUCAAGCGAGUACUAUGUAAUAGCGACGCGAUGAUAAUCCACCGUCGGUGAAUCCAAGGUCAACUUGUUUUCAUUAAACAGUAAUAUGGAAAGAGACGGCCGUCCGCGAUAUUUCCAGAAUCGAAACAUAUCGUAAAUUAUUGUUUAUUUUGAUAACAAUGCGCGACUCGAGUUACAAAAAUCUAUUAAAGUAGAUAGUCGCAUCGAAAUAUUUAUAUCUUUCAAAAUUGUUCCCUGACAAAGUGUAAGAGUACAAAGAUGCGACUAUACGAUAUAAAGUUUCAAUUUUUGCUCGAUAAAUAUAAUCUUUUUCUCUCUUCGCAUGUGCAUUAUUUUAUCUUGCUAUUAAAUUUGUUCGCCAACCAAACGUGAGAAGACAUUGAAGUAAAUCAACGUAUAAAAUGUAUAACACACGUGACGAGGAAUAGCUUCCGGAUUUCAGGAUUUCG